UAGAGGCAGACAGUGUUAAAUGUGUUCACAAGGCCCGUUUUGAUCUUCACAUACUGUGGUGGCUCCUGUGCUUUCCUGCAUUUGCUGUAAUUGCACUACAUACAAAGCUAUAUAUAUAUUUUUAAAAGUCAUGGUUUAUGACGCCACCAGAAGACACUGAAAUAUUGAGACAUGUUCAAUUUGUCUACAUGUCCCCAUGUAGGCGAGGCGUGUGCCAAUUACAAUCACAGCCGUCACAAUUCAUUUGAUGACGCAGAGCAGCUGCAACCAAGCCUAAGGGCGCACAGGUAAAAUGUGAGUGUGUUGGUUGGCUGGUGCGUACGGUAUAUAAAUAUCCCUUCCUUGUUGUAACAUUCAUUUUUGGGCAGCUCUCAUUUUGUGAAACCGGGCCGAGCUUGUGCGUUUCAGAUUUUGCUUGGAGGUCAAGACAAGUCCAGGACAAUGUUGAAGACUGUGGCUGCUCAUCUUUGCCUUUGCAUUAUGUUCGUAAUUUACCCCACAGUGAAAGGCGAUACGUGCCUAGGUUCGCCCCUGGUCUGUUCGUCGACCACUACUUCCUGCUAUGCGCAAUGUAGUGCAACAAAUGCUUGGUAUAAAGUCACAUUUCUGGAGCUGAGGACACAAUGUAACGCUGCCAAGAAAGUUAGUUUUUACUGCACGGACAGCACAUAUGAAAUGAACAUUUGCACGAAUGUGACAAGCAGCCAGGACGUCAUCACAGCCGUGUGCAAAGAAUUUGUGUACUUCUCCUACUCCUACCUGGGAAUCAACGACUCCUUGAAAGUGCUCAUCGAGCCAGUGACCGACGUGUUACCCAUCGGUGCCUCUGAGUGGGACUCCAACUCCCACACUACGUUCAAUGAAAAUAACUGGAAAACUACAACUGCGGUUAUAAACUUCACCGGUCCGGCCACCAUAAACGCCAUCAACCUGAUGUCGGAAGCACUCUCAGGCACAGCUGGAGCUCUCAAGAUCUUCUAUAUACAAUACUGCUACAAUGGAGUUUGCAGAAGAACACAGAAUUAUGUUGGAAACAAUGAAUGGGAUUCAUACAACAAACGCUAUCAUAUGGUGUACCUGACGGAACCUUUUACAGCCGACAGUUUUGAAAUUGUCCCAGUGGAAUCUGUUGGGACUUACAAUCUCAACUUUAACGUGGCAGGCAACAACAUUCCAGCUCCUCAAAGCAGCAGCAGCAGCGCAACUCAACCUUCAACGAUUAUUCCGGAAUCCUCAUUGCUCUCAUCCAGUUGGAUGCUGCCCUCCCUGAGCAUCUCAGCACCUCAGACCAUGCAGCUCUCCACCAUUGGAGUGACAACGGAAAGUUUAAUUUCAAGCUCAUCAGCCCCAAUUCAAGGGACUCAAACGAUCUCCAUUUCAAUGCAGACAAGUCUUGAAGAAAAGAGACUUUCAAUGAACACAACAUCAUUAUCGGAACUGGUGACAAUCAGUCAGCCAUCAACCAGCACUGCAGUUGAAUCCACCUUCUCAACUUCUACAAUCCCAAUUUCAAUAUCAAGUUCAUUCUCAACAGAAACAAUUUCCACUGCCACAGCGACUCCAUCCAACCUGAUCAUGAGCACACAGCCACCAGCAAGUUCAGCAGUGGAAUCCACCUUCUCAUCUUCCACAAUCCCCAUUUCAAUAUCAAGUUCCGUCUCAACAGAAACUAUUUCCACCAUCACAGCUACUCCAUCCAGCCUGAUCAUGAGCACACAGCCACCAGCAAGUUCAGCAGUUGAAUCCACCUUCUCAUCUUCCACAAUCCCCAUUUCAAUAUCAAGUUCAGUCUCAACAGGAACAACAGAAAUUUCCACCAGCAUAGCGACUCCAUCCAGCCGGAUCAUGAGCACACAGCCACCCGCAAAUUCAGUAGUUGAAUCCUUCUCAUCUUCCACAAUCCCCAUUUCAAUAUCAAGUUCAGUCUCAACAGAAACUAUUUCCACCAUCACAGCUACUCCAUCCAGCCUGAUCAUGAGCACACAGCCACCCACAAGUUCAGCAGUUGAAUCCACCUUCUCAUCAUCCACAAUCCCCAUAUCAUUAUCAAGCUCAGUCUCAACAGAAACAAUUUCCACUACCACAGCGACUCCAUCCAGCCUGAUCAUGAGCACACAGCCACCCACAAGUUCAGCAGUUGAAUCGACCUUCUCAUCUUCCACAAUCCCCAUAUCAUUAUCAAGUUCAGUCUCAACAGAAACAAUUUCCACCAUUACAGCUACUCCAUCCAGCCUGAUCAUGAGCACACAGCCACCAGCAAGUUCAGCAGUUGAAUCCACCUUCUCAUCUUCCACAAUCCCCAUUUCAAUUUCAAGUUCAGGCUCAACAGGAACAGCAGAAAUUUCCACCAGCAUAGCGACUCCAUCCAGCCUGAUCAUGAGCACACAGCCACCAGCAAGUUCAGCAGUUGAAUCCACCUUCUCAUCUUCUACAAUCCCCAUUUCAAUAUCAAGUUCAGUCUCAAGAGAAACAAUUUCCACCAACACAGCUACUCCAUCUAACGUGAUCAUGAGCACACAUACACCCACAAGUUCAGCAGUUGAAUCCACCUUCUCAUCUUCCACAGUCCCCAUUUCCACAUCCAGUUCAGUCUCAAUAGGAACAAUUUCCACCAACACAGCUACUCCAUCUAUCGUGAUCAUGAGCACACAGCCACCCACAAGUUCAGCAGUUGAAUCCACCUUCCCAUCGUCCACAAUCCCCAUUUCAAUAUCAAGUUCAGUCUCAACAGAAACUAUUUCCACUGCCACAGCGACUCCAUCCAGCCUGAUCAUGAGCACACAGCCAACAGCAAGUUCAGCAGUUGAAUCCACCUUCUCAUCUUCCACAAUCCCCAUUUCAAUAUCAAGUUCAGUCUCAACAGAAACAAUUUUCACCAACACAGCUACUCCAUCUAACGUGAUCAUGAGCACACAUACACCCAAAAGUUCAGCAGUUGAAUCCACCUUCUCAUCUUCCACAGUCCCCAUUUCCACAUCAAGUUCAGUCUCAAUAGGAACAAUUUCCACCAACACAGCUACUCCAUCUAUCGUGAUCAUGAGCACACAGCCACCCACAAGUUCAGCAGUUGAAUCCACCUUCCCAUCUUCCACAAUCCCCAUUUCAAUAUCAAGUUCAGUCUCAACAGAAACUAUUUCCACUGCCACAGCGACUCCAUCCAGCCUGAUCACGAGCACACAGCCACCCACAAGUUCAGCAGUUGAAUCCACCUCAUCAUCCACAAUCCCCAUAUCAUUAUCAAGUUCAGUCUCAACAGAAACAAUUUCUACUACCACAGCGACUCCAUCCAGCCUGAUCAUGAGCACACAGCCACCCACAAGUUCAGCAGUUGAAUCCACCUCAUCUUCCACAAUCCCCAUAUCAUUAUCAAGUUCAGUCUCAACAGAAACAAUUUCCACCAUUACAGCUACUCCAUCUAUCGUGAUCAUGAGCACACAGCCACCCACAAGUUCAGCAGUUGAAUCCACCUUCCCAUCUUCCACAAUCCCCGUUUCAAUAUCAAGUUCAGUCUCAACAGAAACUAUUUCCACUACCACAGCGACUCCAUCUAGCCUGAUCAUGAGUACACAGCCACCCGCAAGUUCAGCAGUUGAAUCCACCUUCCCAUCUUCCACAAUCCCCAUAUCAAUAUCAAGUUCAGUCUCAACAGAAACAAUUUCCACCAUCACAGCUACUCCAUCCAGCCUGAUCAUGAGCACACAGCCACCUGCAAGUUCAGCAAUUGAAUCCACCUUCUCAUCUUCCACAAUCCCCAUUUCAAUAUCAAAUUCAGUCUCAACAGAAACUAUUUCCACCAUCACAGCUACUCCAUCCAGCCUGAUCAUGAGCACACAGCCACCCGCAAGUUCAGCAGUUGAUUUUCUCUUCUCAUCUUCCACAAUCCCCAUUUCAAUAUCAAGUUCAGGCUCAACAGGAACAGCAGAAAUUUCCACUAGCAUAGCGACUCUAUCCAGCCUGAUCAUGAGCACACAACCACCCGCAAGUUCAGCAGUUGAAUCCACCUUCUCAUCUUCCACAAUCCCCAUUUCAAUAUCAAGUUCAGUCUCAACAGAAACAAUUUCUACUACCACAGCGACUCCAUCCAGCCUGAUCAUGAGCACACAGCCACCCACAAGUUCAGCAGUUGAAUCCACCUCAUCUUCCACAAUCCCCAUAUCAUUAUCAAGUUCAGUCUCAACAGAAACAAUUUCCACCAUUACAGCUACUCCAUCUAUCGUGAUCAUGAGCACACAGCCACCCACAAGUUCAGCAGUUGAAUCCACCUUCCCAUCUUCCACAAUCCCCGUUUCAAUAUCAAGUUCAGUCUCAACAGAAACUAUUUCCACUACCACAGCGACUCCAUCUAGCCUGAUCAUGAGUACACAGCCACCCGCAAGUUCAGCAGUUGAAUCCACCUUCUCAUCUUCCACAAUCCCCAUAUCAAUAUCAAGUUCAGUCUCAACAGAAACAAUUUCCACCAUCACAGCUACUCCAUCCAGCCUGAUCAUGAGCACACAGCCACCCGCAAGUUCAGCAAUUGAAUCCACCUUCUCAUCUUCCACAAUCCCCAUUUCAAUAUCAAAUUCAGUCUCAACAGAAACUAUUUCCACCAUCACAGCUACUCCAUCCAGCCUGAUCAUGAGCACACAGCCACCCGCAAGUUCAGCAGUUGAUUUUCUCUUCUCAUCUUCCACAAUCCCCAUUUCAAUAUCAAGUUCAGGCUCAACAGGAACAGCAGAAAUUUCCACUAGCAUAGCGACUCUAUCCAGCCUGAUCAUGAGCACACAACCACCCGCAAGUUCAGCAGUUGAAUCCACCUUCUCAUCUUCCACAAUCCCCAUUUCAAUAUCAAGUUCAGUCUCAACAGAAACUAUUUCCACUGCCACAGCGACUCCAUCCAGCCUGAUCACGAGCACACAGCCACCCACAAGUUCAGCAGUUGAAUCCACCUCAUCAUCCACAAUCCCCAUAUCAUUAUCAAGUUCAGUCUCAACAGAAACAAUUUCUACUACCACAGCGACUCCAUCCAGCCUGAUCAUGAGCACACAGCCACCCACAAGUUCAGCAGUUGAAUCCACCUCAUCUUCCACAAUCCCCAUAUCAUUAUCAAGUUCAGUCUCAACAGAAACAAUUUCCACCAUUACAGCUACUCCAUCUAUCGUGAUCAUGAGCACACAGCCACCCACAAGUUCAGCAGUUGAAUCCACCUUCCCAUCUUCCACAAUCCCCGUUUCAAUAUCAAGUUCAGUCUCAACAGAAACUAUUUCCACUACCACAGCGACUCCAUCUAGCCUGAUCAUGAGUACACAGCCACCCGCAAGUUCAGCAGUUGAAUCCACCUUCUCAUCUUCCACAAUCCCCAUAUCAAUAUCAAGUUCAGUCUCAACAGAAACAAUUUCUACUACCACAGCGACUCCAUCCAGCCUGAUCAUGAGCACACAGCCACCCACAAGUUCAGCAGUUGAAUCCACCUCACCUUCCACAAUCCCCAUAUCAUUAUCAAGUUCAGUCUCAACAGAAACAAUUUCCACCAUCACAGCUACUCCAUCCAGCCUGAUCAUGAGCACACAGCCACCCGCAAGUUCAGCAAUUGAAUCCACCUCAUCUUCCACAAUCCCCAUUUCAAUAUCAAAUUCAGUCUCAACAGAAACUAUUUCCACCAUCACAGCUACUCCAUCCAGCCUGAUCAUGAGCACACAGCCACCCGCAAGUUCAGCAGUUGAUUUUCUCUUCUCAUCUUCCACAAUCCCCAUUUCAAUUUCAAGUUCAGGCUCAACAGGAACAGCAGAAAUUUCCACCAGCAUAGCGACUCUAUCCAGCCUGAUCAUGAGCACACAACCACCCGCAAGUUCAGCAGUUGAAUCCACCUUCUCAUCUUCCACAAUCCCCAUUUCAAUAUCAAGUUCAGUCUCAACAGAAACUAUUUCCACUGCCACAGCGACUCCAUCCAGCCUGAUCACGAGCACACAGCCACCCACAAGUUCAGCAGUUGAAUCCACCUCAUCAUCCACAAUCCCCAUAUCAUUAUCAAGUUCAGUCUCAACAGAAACAAUUUCCACCAUUACAGCUACUCCAUCUAUCGUGAUCAUGAGCACACAGCCACCCACAAGUUCAGCAGUUGAAUCCACCUUCCCAUCUUCCACAAUCCCCGUUUCAAUAUCAAGUUCAGUCUCAACAGAAACUAUUUCCACUACCACAGCGACUCCAUCUAGCCUGAUCAUGAGUACACAGCCACCCGCAAGUUCAGCAGUUGAAUCCACCUUCUCAUCUUCCACAAUCCCCAUAUCAAUAUCAAGUUCAGUCUCAACAGAAACAAUUUCCACCAUCACAGCUACUCCAUCCAGCCUGAUCAUGAGCACACAGCCACCCGCAAGUUCAGCAAUUGAAUCCACCUUCUCAUCUUCCACAAUCCCCAUUUCAAUAUCAAAUUCAGUCUCAACAGAAACUAUUUCCACCAUCACAGCUACUCCAUCCAGCCUGCUCAUGAGCACACAGCCACCCGCAAGUUCAGCAGUUGAUUUUCUCUUCUCAUCUUCCACAAUCCCCAUUUCAAUAUCAAGUUCAGGCUCAACAGGAACAGCAGAAAUUUCCACUAGCAUAGCGACUCUAUCCAGCCUGAUCAUGAGCACACAACCACCCGCAAGUUCAGCAGUUGAAUCCACCUUCUCAUCUUCCACAAUCCCCAUUUCAAUAUCAAGUUCAGUCUCAACAGAAACUAUUUCCACUACCACAGCGACUCCAUCCAGCCUGAUCAUGAGCACACAGCCACCAGCAAUUUCAGCAUUUGAAUUGCUCUUCUUGUCUUCCACAAUUCCUAGUUCAAUAUCAAGUUCCACCUCAACAGAAACUGUUUCUACCAACACAGCUACUCCAUCCAGCCUGAUCAUGAGCACACAGCCACCAGCAAGUUCAGCAGUUGAAUCCACCUUCUCAUCUUCCACAAUCCCCAUUUCCAUAUCAAGUUCAGUCUCAACAGAAACAAUUUCCACCAACACAGCUACUCCAUCUAUCGUGAUCAUGAGCACACAUACACCCACAAGUUCAGCAGUUGAAUCCACCUCAUCUUCCACAGUCCCCAUUUCCACAUCAAGUUCAGUCUCAAUAGGAACAAUUUCCACCAACACAGCUACUCCAUCUAUCGUGAUCGUGAGCACACAGCCACCCACAAGUUCAGCAGUUGAAUCCACCUUCCCUUCUUCCACAAUCCCCGUUUCAAUAUCAAGUUCAGUCUCAACAGAAACUAUUUCCACUACCACAGCGACUCCAUCUAGCCUGAUCAUGAGUACACAGCCACCCGCAAGUUCAGCAGUUGAAUCCACCUUCUCAUCUUCCACAAUCCCCAUUUCCAUAUCAAGUUCAGUCUCAACAGAAACAAUUUCCACCAACACAGCUACUCCAUCUAUCGUGAUCAUGAGCACACAUACACCCACAAGUUCAGCAGUUGAAUCCACCUUCUCAUCUUCCACAAUCCCCAUUUCCAUAUCAAGUUCAGUCUCAACAGAAACAAUUUCCACCAACACAGCUACUCCAUCUAUCGUGAUCGUGAGCACACAGCCACCCACAAGUUCAGCAGUUGAAUCCACCUUCCCUUCUUCCACAAUCCCCGUUUCAAUAUCAAGUUCAGUCUCAACAGAAACUAUUUCCACUACCACAGCGACUCCAUCUAGCCUGAUCAUGAGUACACAGCCACCCGCAAGUUCAGCAGUUGAAUCCACCUUCUCAUCUUCCACAAUCCCCAUAUCAAUAUCAAGUUCAGUCUCAACAGAAACAAUUUCCACCAUCACAGCUACUCCAUCCAGCCUGAUCAUGAGCACACAGCCACCCGCAAGUUCAGCAAUUGAAUCCACCUCAUCUUCCACAAUCCCCAUUUCAAUAUCAAAUUCAGUCUCAACAGAAACUAUUUCCACCAUCACAGCGACUCCAUCCAGCCUGAUCAUGAGCACACAACCACCAGCAAGUUCAGCAGUUGAAUCCACCUCAUCUUCCACAAUCCCCAUUUCAAUAUCAAGUUCAGUCUCAACAGAAACUAUUUCCACUACCACAGCGACUCCAUCCAGCCUGAUCAUGAGCACACAGCCACAAGCAAUUUCAGCAUUUGAAUUGCUCUUCUUGUCUUCCACAAUCCCUAGUUCAAUAUCAAGUUCCACCUCAACAGAAACUGUUUCUACCAACACAGCUACUCCAUCCAGCCUGAUCGUGAGCACACAGCCACCCACAAGUUCAGCAGUUGAAUCCACCUUCCCUUCUUCCACAAUCCCCGUUUCAAUAUCAAGUUCAGUCUCAACAGAAACUAUUUCCACUACCACAGCGACUCCAUCUAGCCUGAUCAUGAGUACACAGCCACCCGCAAGUUCAGCAGUUGAAUCCACCUUCUCAUCUUCCACAAUCCCCAUAUCAAUAUCAAGUUCAGUCUCAACAGAAACAAUUUCCACCAUCACAGCUACUCCAUCCAGCCUGAUCAUGAGCACACAGCCACCCGCAAGUUCAGCAAUUGAAUCCACCUCAUCUUCCACAAUCCCCAUUUCAAUAUCAAAUUCAGUCUCAACAGAAACUAUUUCCACUACCACAGCGACUCCAUCCAGCCUGAUCAUGAGCACACAGCCACAAGCAAUUUCAGCAUUUGAAUUGCUCUUCUUGUCUUCCACAAUCCCUAGUUCAAUAUCAAGUUCCACCUCAACAGAAACUGUUUCUACCAACACAGCUACUCCAUCCAGCCUGAUCGUGAGCACACAGCCACCCACAAGUUCAGCAGUUGAAUCCACCUUCCCUUCUUCCACAAUCCCCGUUUCAAUAUCAAGUUCAGUCUCAACAGAAACUAUUUCCACUACCACAGCGACUCCAUCUAGCCUGAUCAUGAGUACACAGCCACCCGCAAGUUCAGCAGUUGAAUCCACCUUCUCAUCUUCCACAAUCCCCAUAUCAAUAUCAAGUUCAGUCUCAACAGAAACAAUUUCCACCAUCACAGCUACUCCAUCCAGCCUGAUCAUGAGCACACAGCCACCCGCAAGUUCAGCAAUUGAAUCCACCUCAUCUUCCACAAUCCCCAUUUCAAUAUCAAAUUCAGUCUCAACAGAAACUAUUUCCACCAUCACAGCGACUCCAUCCAGCCUGAUCAUGAGCACACAACCACCAGCAAGUUCAGCAGUUGAAUCCACCUUCUCAUCUUCCACAAUCCCCAUUUCAAUAUCAAGUUCAGUCUCAACAGAAACUAUUUCCACUACCACAGCGACUCCAUCCAGCCUGAUCAUGAGCACACAGCCACAAGCAAUUUCAGCAUUUGAAUUGCUCUUCUUGUCUUCCACAAUCCCUAGUUCAAUAUCAAGUUCCACCUCAACAGAAACUGUUUCUACCAACACAGCUACUCCAUCCAGCCUGAUCAUGAGCACACAGCCACCAGCAAGUUCAGCAGUUGAAUCCACCUUCUCAUCUUCCACAAUCCCCAUUUCCAUAUCAAGUUCAGUCUCAACAGAAACUGUUUCCACUGCCACAGUGACUCCAUCCAGCCUGAUCAUGAGCACACAGCCACCAGCAAGUUCAGCAGUUGAAUCCACCUUCCCAUCUUCCACAAUCCCCGUUUCAAUAUCAAGUUCAGGCUCAACAGGAACAGCGGAAAUUUCCACCAGCAUAGCGACUCCAUCCAGCCUGAUCAUGAGCACACAGCCACCCGCAAGUUCAGCAGUUGAAUCCACCUUCUCAUCUUCCACAAUCCCCAUAUCAUUAUCAAGUUCAGUCUCAACAGAAACAAUUUCCACCAUUACAGCUACUCCAUCCAGCCUGAUCAUGAGCACACAGCCACCCGCAAGUUCAGCAGUUGAAUCCACCUUCUCAUCUUCCACAUUCCCCAUUUCAAUAUCAAGUUCAGGCUCAACAGGAACAGCGGAAAUUUCCACCAGCAUAGCGACUCCAUCCAGCCUGAUCAUGAGCACCCAGCCACCCGCAAGUUCAGCAGUUGAAUCCACCUCAUCUUCCACAAUCCCCAUUUCCAUAUCAAGUUCAGUCUCAACAGAAACUAUUUCCACCAUCACAGCUACUCCAUCCAGCCUGAUCAUGAGCACACAGCCACCCGCAAGUUCAGUAGUUGAAUCCACCUUCUCAUCUUCCACAGUCCCCAUUUCAAUAUCAAGUUCAGGCUCAACAGGAACAGCAGAAAUUUCCACCAGCAUAGCGACUCCAUCCAGCCUGAUCAUGAGCACUCAGCCACCCACAAGUUCAGCAGAUGAAUCCAGCUUCUCAUCUUCCACAGUCCCCAUUUCCAUAUCAAGUUCAGUCUCAAUGGGAACAAUUUCCACCAACACAGCUACUCCAUCUAUCGUGAUCAUGAGCACACAGACACCCACAAGUUCAGCAGUUGAAUCCACCUUCUCAUCUUCCAUAAUCCCCAGUUCAAUAUCAAGUUCAAUCUCAACAGAAACUGUUUCUACCAACACAGCUACUCUAUCCAGCCUGAUCAUGAGCACACAGCCACACGCAAGUUCAGCAAUUGAAUCCACCUUUUCAUCUUCCACAAUCCCCAUUUCCAUAUCAAGUUCAGUCUCGUCGUCGUACCCCCCGGCGUCGAGCACGGUGAAGCCCAAUGUGGACGUGUCCAUCUCCCCAAACUCCAGCGUCACCGUGUUGGGUCAACAGUCGGACUUCAGCCCCAACACUCGCCGAAAUGCAACUAUUGCCGCAUCAGUGGUGUGCGGGAGCCUGCUGCUGAUGCUGCUGCUGCUGGCGGUGCACUACUUAUGCAGAAAAAGGAAUGUAAUUUACCACAUCGCCUAAGGAGUGCCGGUGAAGACACUGAACAAUUACUGCUGUCAGAGAUCAAGAACCCAUAAUUGCAUGGUAGUUGUUAAGCAUUAUCCAAUGCAUGCUUGUGCCAUGACGAUCUUCUAUAGGUCAAUUUCCCAAUUUAACCACGAGUUGACUUCUUUAUAUAUAUUAAAAAAAAACUUUCUUGUGAAGUCAUUAAUGUUAUAAAUUCAACGCGUGGCGAUCUGCGAUGUCGGUCUGUACCACUUGUGUUGCCUUCAGUGUGAGCUUCCAAGGCACUAAUUCAACACAUUGAAUAAUAAUAAUCAGUAUCACACCAACUGACAUCCAGUAGGUCCAGGACUUUGGCUGUAAUCAUUUAUACCAUAAGAUGUUGUGUUAAGGAAGUUUAUACUUCAUCGCUUAUAUCAUAAUAAGAGUGAGAAUUUACAUUUGUAAGGAGCGCUUCACAUAGAUCCAAAUACGUGGUAGCAAUUUCCUACUUUGAUGUUUCACGAGGGUUUUUAUAUCCAGGUCGCCAAUGUAAUUCCAUGAAGGCUUUUAUUUACACUUUCAUUUUAACCGUAUAUGAAAGUGUAUGCUAAAUAAGUAUGAUACAUGUAAAAUACUGUUCAAUGCAAUGUGGAUUUAUAAAAGCGCCUAAAUGCAAACGCAUUUCAAGGCCCUGCAACACAACCAGGGGAUGGUGACAGUGACAGCAAAGGAGGACUAUUUGACCUAUGUAGUAAGAGAGAGAUGGUCAUUCAUUGGAGGAGUAGGCAGGCGAGUUUGGUGAGCGGAGGAUAGAGGAUGGAAGAAUGAUUAUUUUUUAGGAUGUAAAUGAUUGUAGCGAGGUUAGCGGUGACACACGGAAAGUUCUCCGGAUGUGUGGUGGCGGGGAGACACAGGUAGAGACAGGGCGGGAGGAGACGCAGAGUCGAUAUCGGAAAUUACAUUCCUGAUGAUCUCCACCUGUGAGAGAGAAAUAUGUCACUGCAGUGGUUCACACUGGGCGGCUGAUGGGAGUUAUGGAGGAAGUUACUAUGUGCCCAUGCAGGAGCGAGUUGUCAGUGCUGAAAGGGGAUUUAAGGUUUUCAGCUCCAUUAGCACUAAGAGCAGAAAGUGUAAUUUGAUCCUUGCCAGAGCUUAAUAGAUUGGGGAUUCCUCUUUGUUUUAAUGUAAGUAUUGCACAUUCAGUGUCGGCUUCACAUAAACUAAAAAUACUGCACCAGCUCAGUGUGUUAUUAAUUCGACUCUGUAUUUAUCGGAUGAGUUAAUAUGUAUAAAUCUGUUUGAACCUCGGUUAUUAUUUUAAAACGCUCUCUUUAAUUUACCCAUGAAAACCUCAAUGAAUCUCAAGACUCCUUUUCAUUAGCGACCUGUAUAGGGAUAUUUUGGUCCUGUAUUGGGAUGUUUGGCCAAUUCCAUUCAUGUUUGUUUGCCAUGUGGCAAGAAACCGAGGUAUUGUAGAUAAUCCAUGCAUAUAAGUGGAUGGCACUCAAGGCUCUGCCUAUUAAAAUAAAUGUCAUAAUUACCUGACCUGGUAUUGCUGGUAAAUUCAAAAGGGAUCCUGGAUUCCUUCUAAAUAAACAGGCAUUCAUCAACUGUUCCUUAUUAAGUGUUAAUUUAUUAUAUUGAUAUUAAAGCACUACUGUAGUAACACAUUUCUUUUUUGCUGAUCUGUCUUAAAGUUAUUUAUGUAUUUUUUUAAAAAAAAUCUGAAUUUUAUUUUUUGUAACAACUUGUUUUACUUGGUGGACGUGCUAUAAACCCUGCAUAAAUAAAUUACAUCUCUUCCGAAUAAAUCUUUAAAAAGCACAAUGUAUACUGUGUCACAAUACACUGCAUCAUCAUCAUGAGCCAAUACAUAUCCAUUGCUGGAUGAAGGCCUCCUCCGGAAGUUGUCAUCAUUCUA